AUGCAGACACAACCAGAAAACGAGGACUCCAACACAGGUCCAGCCCAACGGAUUUCUACCAAGGUCGAGAAUGGAGUGAAUGAUACAUGUGCUGUCGACUAUGAGCUAGCAUCGCUGCCUGACGCACCAACGUUUUUUCCUACAAUGGAGGAAUUCCGCGAUCCGAUGCGAUACAUCGAAAGCAUCCGACUGCAGGCAGAGGAAGCUGGCCUUAUCAAGAUUAUCCCUCCCAAGGAAUGGAAGUGUCCGUUCACAAUCAAGGAAAAGGGAGACUCCUUUCAUUUCCAGACCUGCGAGGGAGAAGAAGGAGAUGCGGGCGAUUCUUUUGGUUUCGGGGAAGGAGGCUUCUACACGUUCCAUUCCUUCAGACGACGAGCGGAUGACUUCAAGAGCAAGUGGUUCAGCGACUGGGAAAGGCCUGUCACCGUUGAGGACGUCGAGAAGGAGUACUGGAGGGUGGUCGACGGUGGAGAUUUGAUGCUUCGCGUGGAGUAUGGAAACGAUCUUGACGUCUCUGGUCACGGAAGUGGCUUCCCUACAGCAACAAACUGCAAGCCGGAAGACAAAGUAUUGUCCUUACCUUCUUACUUGCAGGAAUAUGUUGAAUCGCCAUGGAAUCUCAACAACCUUCCGCUUCAGGAAGCAUCGCUCUUGAAAUACAUCUCGCCCAAUGGCGAGAUCAGCGGAGUCUCAGCGCCGUGGGUGUACGUUGGGAUGCUGUUUUCAACCUUUUGCUGGCACAACGAGGACAACUACCUCUACAGCAUCAACUACAUGCAUCAUGGAGCAGGCAAGACAUGGUAUGGCGUGCCUGGUGGUGAAGCAGAGAAGUUCGAGCAAGUAUUUUACAACGAGGUCCCGGAACUCUUUGAGAAGGAUCCAAAGCUCCUGUUCAAGCUUUGUACCAUGAUUUCUCCGAAGGUGUUUCAGGAGAGAGGGGUGAGGGUGUACCACACGGUUCAGAGGCCUGGAGAGUUUAUCGUGACGAUGCCUCAGUCAUAUCACGGUGGGUUUUCUCAUGGAUUCAACUGCAACGAGGCCGUCAACUUUGCUCCAGCUGACUGGCUCCCGUUUGGUCGUGCGUCAGUGGAACGAUAUAAAUGCAAAAAGAGGAGCCCUGUGUUCUCGCACGAACGAUUGGUGAUG